GUAUGUCACCGUAGACGCUCGGCUGAAACGGCCCUAUUUUAAAGUUCCUGGGGGCGAAGAGUGGAGCGACCUGGACAAAGCAGGAGAAAACGGGGCCAAGAUUUAACCUUGUUAAUAAAUAACUCAUCGUUUUCCGUACCGGGAGGGCAGUUGCCGCUCUAGAGAAAAGAGGUGCGACGCAUAAAACCGAGGUCUCACUUCCCGAUAACGUCAGAAAAUUCAGAAAAUGGCGGAGCCGGACAAAUUAAACAUCGACUCUAUAAUUCAACGUCUUUUGGAAGUGAAGGGCUCCCGGCCGGGGAAGAACGUCCAGCUGACGGAGAACGAGAUCCGUGGCCUUUGCCUCAAAUCCAGGGAAAUCUUCCUGAGUCAGCCAAUCCUGCUCGAAUUAGAGGCUCCUUUAAAAAUAUGUGGCGAUGUCCAUGGUCAGUACUACGACCUGCUCCGACUCUUUGAAUACGGAGGCUUCCCUCCAGAGAGCAACUACCUGUUUCUGGGCGACUACGUGGACAGAGGGAAGCAGUCGCUGGAGACCAUCUGUCUGCUUCUAGCUUAUAAGAUCAAAUACCCAGAGAACUUUUUCCUGCUGCGCGGAAACCACGAGUGCGCCUCCAUUAACCGAAUCUACGGCUUUUAUGAUGAGUGUAAGCGACGGUAUAACAUCAAGCUGUGGAAAACCUUCACAGACUGCUUCAACUGUUUACCUGUGGCUGCUAUUGUAGAUGAGAAAAUAUUCUGCUGUCAUGGAGGUUUGUCUCCGGACCUGCAGUCGAUGGAGCAGAUCCGCAGAGUCAUGCGGCCCACAGACGUUCCGGACCAGGGCUUGCUGUGCGACCUGCUGUGGGCCGACCCGGACAAAGACGUGCUGGGCUGGGGCGAGAACGACCGCGGCGUCUCCUUCACGUUCGGGGCGGAUGUGGUGGCCAAAUUUUUGCACAAACAUGACAUGGACCUAAUAUGCAGGGCACAUCAGGUGGUUGAAGACGGUUAUGAGUUUUUCGCAAAGAGGCAACUCGUCACUCUUUUCUCAGCUCCCAACUAUUGUGGAGAGUUUGACAACGCUGGUGCCAUGAUGAGUGUGGAUGAGACGCUCAUGUGCUCCUUCCAGAUUUUGAAGCCAGCAGAUAAGAAAUUGUAUCCUUACGGCGGCGGCGGAGGAGGAGGUGUGGGACUGGGAAGACCCGUCACUCCUCCACGGAACGCAGCCAAGGCCGGCAAGGCCAAGAAAUAACACGCGCUGACUUCCUCUUCCUACGAUUCACCACCCUUCGUCGUUCCAACACCUUUUUUUAUCAUUUCUUCCUUCCUCUCUACCUCCCAAACUUGUCCCCUUCGUCGGCACUGAACAGCAACAAAGACAUCCAGGGUUCAGUCGGGUUUUUCUCUCUGAAUGAAACACUUUUUGAACGUUUA